CUUCCAAAUGCAACACAAUUGGUAUCUUACUUGAAUCGAGUAGUCAUUGGCAUAAGAAUAUAGCCUAAAAGAGUUUUUUCUAACGACUGGACUGUAAAUUUAUUUACUUGAUGUAUUAACAGCUUUAUAUAGACAUAUUUCACACGGAAUUUGAUAUAGCCAUUUUCAUCUGGUGUCAUUACAAUGGCCGAUUCCAGUGAUUUGGAUCGGCAAAUUGAACAACUUAAGAAAUGUGAAAUCAUAAAGGAAGCAGAAGUAAAAGCUUUAUGUGCAAAGGCUCGUGAAAUUCUUAUAGAAGAAAGUAAUGUACAACGAGUUGAUUCUCCAGUGACAGUAUGUGGAGAUAUUCAUGGUCAAUUUUAUGAUUUGAAAGAAUUAUUUAAAGUAGGUGGUGAUGUUCCAGAAACUAAUUAUCUUUUCAUGGGAGAUUUUGUUGAUAGAGGAUUCUAUAGUGUCGAAACAUUCCUUCUUCUCCUUGCAUUAAAAGUACGUUAUCCUGAUAGGAUUACAUUAAUAAGAGGGAAUCAUGAAUCAAGGCAAAUUACUCAAGUAUAUGGAUUUUAUGAUGAAUGUUUACGUAAAUAUGGUAGUAUUACGGUAUGGCGAUAUUGUACUGAAAUUUUUGAUUAUUUAUCGCUGUCAGCAAUUAUAGAUGGUAAAAUAUUUUGUGUUCAUGGUGGUUUGUCUCCUAGUAUUCAAACUCUUGAUCAAAUUCGCACUAUAGAUAGAAAACAAGAAGUUCCUCAUGAUGGUCCAAUGUGUGAUCUAUUAUGGUCUGACCCAGAAGAUACUCAAGGUUGGGGAGUCUCACCCCGUGGAGCAGGAUACUUAUUUGGUAGUGAUGUUGUAGCUCAGUUUAAUUCUGCUAAUGAUAUUGAUAUGAUAUGUAGAGCACAUCAGUUGGUAAUGGAAGGUUAUAAAUGGCAUUUCAAUGAAACUGUUCUCACAGUAUGGUCUGCUCCAAAUUAUUGUUAUAGGUGUGGUAAUGUGGCGGCUAUAUUGGAAUUAAACGAACACUUACAAAGGGAUUUUACGAUCUUCGAAGCAGCACCACAAGAAAGUCGAGGAAUACCUAGCAAGAAACCACAAGCAGAUUACUUUUUGUGAAUUGAAUAUUAUGAAAUUCAAACCUGCAUGUUAUCAUUCUAAAAUCACUGACAUAGGAUCUUUAAGUUUUUCAUAGGUAAUAUGUGUGUGUUCAUGUUAUGGCACCACAAGUAUUUCCAAUUUAUAUGAAAUCAUCAAAUUUAUUUUUAGUAUAUUUUUAUGGCUAUAUAUAAAAAUCGACAAUUAUAUUUAUUAUUGAAUACUGGACAAAAUUAUUUGCCAAAAAGAUUACGUAGAAAUGACAACAUAUGUUUAAUAUGAAAGAAUACUAGUACUCACGAUAAAAUAAUCGUGCUUUACUUCGUUAUUUUGCAUCUAUAAAGUCUUCAGAAACUUUUUUGUAAACUCUAAUAUCGAAAGAAAAGUACAUUGAAGUUUCCACUAAAUUUUUUUCAAAAAAUAAAAAAAGAAAAAAAAAAGAAAGAGACCUUAAAAAAGCCAUACAAAACUUAAUUCUGUAUCCGUAUAAAGAUUAUAUUUCUUAAUUAGUUUUUCUGUAUCUUUCCAAUUUUUGCAUUCUUUUAUGUAUAUCAUUUGUUGAUACGUAAUUUUUUCUGGAUGUACAUGUCAAAGGAAGUAAAAUACAAGUUAAACGCUUAAAUUCAUUAAAUACAUUUAUUGAAAUAAAGCGUAAUCUUUAGUCUUAAUAGAACUGACCGUGAAUCUAGCAAAACAACAAUUUAUUGCAUAAAGUAAUUAAAUGAUUCAUUUUAUAUUUACGUUAUUUCUGUAAAUUGUAAAUCUUUCAUCGAUCUUUAAAUAACAGAAAUCAAACGCUAUUUGUCAUACGUGUUUUUGUAAUAAAUAUGCAUAAAUAUCAAAUUCCGUAUAAUCAUGAGUUAUAUCGUUGAUUAAUUUUAUUUUUUACCAAGACUGUUAAUAUAAACGGUACGAUACGAUAAAAAAAAUGAAAGAAAUUGAAAAAUGUUAAGAAAUGUAUGAAAUUUACGUAUAUUAGGAUUAAAUGUUUUAUUUAAUAAAGCCGUUUAUAGACGGAUACAUUAAA